CUUGUGUCUCAUGUUGAUCAGGUCAAGCCGUGAGGAAUGAGGUCCAUCCAGAUUAUGUUCCUUCCAUUUUUGACCACAAUUCCCCAUCAAAAAAAGGCUCGGUUGGUGGUUUUAAAGGAGGAGCCAUGAAGCGGUCGCUCCGUAAAGUGAAAACUGAACGUCAUGAGCUGAAAGUGAAGAAGGAGGAUGAAGAUGAGACACUUCAUCCACCGAAUCAACCACGGAAUUCACCAGCUAUAAGAGAAAAUAUCAACGGGGCAGUUACCAUGGAAACCAUGGAUAGGGUGAAGGAGGCAGUGAAGGUCAAAGAGGAAACGCGGUGGGAACAAAUGUACCCCCAGUUAAAAAAGUGUGUAAUUGUCGUUGGCCGUGAGAGGUUAAAGAAACUGGAAGGAUUUAAGCUGUCGGUAAAGAACAACAAGAUGUCAAAAAAAGACGAACAUUCAGAGACAAAAUUUGAUUGGAUGGAGCCGUUGGAAAUGGAUGUAGACAAAAAAGGCCGUGGCAGACCUCGACGCAUUAUCUACGAAGAAUUGAAAACAUUUGUGAAGAAGGUGAAAGUCAGUGUUCCUGAGAGCCACGCCAACACCAACAGUGCUGCUCGAGUGUUGAGGCCUCCAGUGUUGAGGCUGCACCAUUUCCCCAAUCCGGACGGUACAAUCAACUCUGACAUUCUCUCCCCGACUGAGUCGUCCUUUGGGCACUUGGGCCGCAACAGGAGGGUUUUCCGGCACAAAAAAUACAACAACGGUAUCAGUGAGAACAACAGCAAAGAAAAAGUGAACAGUGACCACCAGGUCAGUAAUGAUGUCAGCCAAUCAGAAACAGACCACAACUACAGCCUCGCCAUCAACAUGCAGGACAAGCUCGGCGUCGAGGAGCACGAACCCUGCAGCCAAUCACAAGAUGUUAGUUUAUUGUCCUGUGAACAGGAAGCUGGAGACUCCCACAGCUGCUGCUCAACAGAGACAAUGAAACCAUCAAACAUUGUAUUCCGGAAGGUCCGGGGGGACAGGUGGGUGCUGAGGAGGCCAGAGAUGAAAAAAGACAAAGGGGAGGAGGAAGAAGAGCGUGAGGAGAAUGAUGACGGCAGCGUCAACACUGAGCAGGAGGUGAAGAGGAGGAGGUCAGCAAGAAGGAAAGUGAGAACGGAUUCAGAUGACGACGACGAGUGGACUCCACGUGUGGUGAAGAAGGACGAGGAGGAGCCCAAAAAAACCACAUGCCCAAAAGUGCAGCACAAGAGGCGUCGUGCGGCAUGCGGCCAGUGUGAGAGCUGCCGCAGAAAGGAUUGUGGGACAUGCGUCUACUGUCUCGACAAAUCCAAGUUUGGUGGGCGGAACACCCUGAAGCAGCGGUGCCGCAAUCGGAUUUGUUACGUGAUGAGGAUGAUGAAGCGCAGCCCGUGUCCAGGACAGAGCGGCGAGAGGACGGAGAGACGGAGUGACGUCUGGACAGAAGAGAUGCAGGAUCAGGAUGACGAGGGCAGGAAUAAGACCAGGGACACACAUCCGGGACCGGCUAAUCUCACCCCAGAGGAGGUGAGCAGAGGGAGGUGGGGGUGGAGGACAGACGAUGGAGAGUCAGAGGACGAUGACUGGACUCCUCAGUUUGAACAGGUGAGUGGACCUGGAGAGCAGCUUCCUGAUGGACUAGUUCCUGGAACACUACAGCUGGAACUGAGUCUCGACGGCAGCCAGCUCGUCCCCAGCUUUCUGUCUGACUCCUGUCUGUCCGGAAUGGUUCCUCAGGACGGAUCCCUCCUCUACCUCUCUCCUCCUCCAUCACUCCAUCCUCUACUCCUCAAGCCCAGAGAGGAGUGCCAAGCCACGCAGAUGGAAGCCUACGGCAGAUAUGGAGAAGUGGGAGGAGUCUACGCGGACAGCUGGGCCAUGCACGAAACAACUGGACAGCAGGAAGAGGAGGUGAUAGCUGUAAAGGUCGCAUACGGCCCGUCGGCAGGGGACGGAGAAUUCUGGGAGGAUGGAGGGAUGAUGGAGGGGAGCGUGGGGGGAAUAGAGGAGGAGGUGGUCGGCGUGGAGAUUGACGCAUACGGGAGGAUGUGGGAGGAAGGAUAUGUCGUGCAGGAGAUGGCCGGAGGGAGGGGUGAAGAGGAGGUGUCUGCUGAAGGAGUGACGGAGGAGGGAGAGCACUAUGACGUUGAGGUGGACGUGUCCGGGGUCAGCUCAGAUGAGGAGACGCAAACGGCAGAGAGUUCUGACAUCUCAGACAACUCUACUAAAACGGGAAGGGGCUCUGAUGAUGUCAUCAUAUGCAAUGACGCCAGCGAACCCUCAGAGAGCAUUUCACCGAACAAAGAAGUGGUCAGUACGGUAAAGGACAGUGGGCGGAGCCAUGAGCCUUCAGGCUGGCGACCAUUGUUGAGCCUGCUGCGUGCGCUGAGGCGGACAGUUCUGCCGGCACACUGGGUGGCGGUUCUGGCCGCUGGGCCACUGCUGCAGCUGCUUCAGUGCUCAAGGCUGUCCUCCAUGACGGACACCAUCGUCCACAUCAGGCCCGAUUACUGCUUCCAUAUCACCGUGCAGGACCGGCCGCUGCCCAGCACACACACGCUGUACCGCACCAACCCGCAGAGACUUGCCCAGCUCAGCCAGCUGGUGUCUCUGCUCCUGGACCUGGAGGAGAUGGUCAUGUGUCGGGGAUCGUGGGUUCGAUCCUUAACCCGUCAGCUGGAGGCGCGACCCGCCACCUGUCAGCUGCUGCUCAGGCCGGACCAUCUCACCUGCGUCUCCUGUCUCCUGGGAGGCGAGGGUGUGAAGCGGGGACACAUCAAAAGGGAGGAGGAGGAAGUGAAAGAAGUGAGAACAAAUGUACUGUCAGCGCCACAGACUCCCAGUCGUCUUCUUUGACGUCUGAACCUUUGACCUGGGCAAAGGUCACAGGUUUGAUACCCUGGCAACACGUGGUUAGAGAUUAUUUCUAGUGUUCCAAAAAGAAGUGCCUCCUUCCAAACACUUGUUUUUCCUUUAAACACUACUGAACGAAGACGGCUGACAGAGACAAAACGUCCCAGAGAAAGACAAAGCGAAAUGCUGAUGUCCGUUAAAGCUGCUCGUCCUCAACUCGCACAGUGUUAACAAAGCUGACGGUGCUGACGUGUCUAAACCAGCUGGCCUCAUCUUGGACACGCCCUCACAUAUCUGUCCUCACGUGUCCACAGUCACAUGUCUGUCAAGUAUCUGUAUCGUGUCUCCAGUCACGUGUCUGUCACGUCAGUCAUGUGCCAGUUACAUGCCUGUCACGUGCCGGUCACGUGUCUCUCAUGUGUUCACAGCCACAUGUCCAUAGUCACAUAUCCGUAGUCACAUGUCAGUCACGUCUGUCAGGUGUCUGUAGUCACGUGUCUGUGUCAUGUGUGUUUAUGUUUUAAAGUGUUUCCUGUUAACACUAAAUCCAAAACUUCUACAAAUGAUUCACAUGUGCUUUGACUGCAGUCAUUAUGUUUCUUGACAAGUUACAUGAUAAUGUAAACAUUAAACAUGCCGAUUGCUGCAAAAUUUUAGUCUUUUCACCUUGUCAGCUUUUUGUUUUUUAUGGCGGGUGUAGCCGUUAUUUUAGACAGUAAAUUGCUUUGCAAUUGACCUCGACACUGACGACCGUUAAAGUUUUCCGUCACAGUUUUCAUGCAACUCUUGGUGCUGAUGUGUUUUCACCAGCUGGCUUCAUCUCCGCCAUCACGUGUCUGUCGUCAUGUGUCUGUCACGUGUCCUUCGUCACGUGUCUGUCACGUGUCCAUUUUCACAUGUUCGGCAUCAUGUGUCUGUCACAUGUUUGGCGUCACGUCUGUCAACAUGUUCAUUUUCACAUGUUCGGUGUCACAUUUGUCAUGUGUUUGUUGGCACAUUUGGCGCCACGUCUGUCAACAUGUUCGGCAUCACGUCUGUUGGCACGUGUUUGGCGUCACGUGUUUGGCGUCACGUGUCUGUCGUUGCGUCUUUGAAGGUUUCGUUUUAAAGUAUUAAAUGUUUCCUGUUAAUUCAAACAGUUCACAGAUGUUCUGACUGCAGUCUUCAUGUUUCUCGCAGUUACGUUAUAAUGUAACAUUACAUAUGCUAAGAAGCCCCGCCUACUGUCACAAAGCCUUAGUCUUUUCACCGUGUCAGCCCUUAUUUUUUAUUAACCCUCUCAUCACCGUUAUUUUUGAGGUAAAAUUGCUUUACAGUUGCAGAGUAUUGAAGUGGGCGGAGCUUCACUGCGUCUGUAUGAAUGUCGCUGUUUGAGUGUUGGACACGAGGCACAGCUGCAGCUACGUGCACGAAUUUCUGGGAAACAAAAUCCAAACAUUUCAAACUGUUACCUCUGGCUGCCACUUGGGGCAGCAGUGUUUGGCGCCUGUUCAUGUAAAUGGUGAAGUUCAAAACCCCAAGUGUCAGAUGUGUUGUUGGAUCCUUCUUUGUCUUCAGGUGGGGUGGACUUGGUUGCUGAACUGGAUUUAGAUGGGAAAGGCCAAAAACUUCACUACCUCAGGAUUUGUUUGUUUUGUUUUGUUUUUUUAAUGCGUGUGAUAGUUUUAACUCAUCUGAUUUCUUCUUUUGAGAUUUCGGGAAUAAGUCAUAAUAUUUUGGGGAAAAAGCUUUGAAGAUGGACACAUGCUUCAGUUUCACUCUGCAUCUUCACGCAAAAUAUGCAUCUCGAGUCCAUGUUGUUGAUGUUUUAUUCCACCAGGGGGCAGAUGAGUGCAGAACAGUGACCGCGUUAUGAAGAAAGUCAGAUUCUUAUCAAAACUUUCCACCAUUUUGUGUGCUUUGUACGACUCUCCCAACUAUGCUGCCUCUCGUGGCUGAUGUGGGUGUUGCAGUCAUCUUUAUUUUGGACAAACGCAGGAAACACGAUGUCACAAAUAUGCGCAUCUUUACUGUUAUGACAAUAAGUAAACAGAAUAAUGUGUAAACAGAAUGUGUAUUUAUCAGAAAAUAAACAUUAAAAUAAAGCAUUAAUACAUAUUUAAAAAUCAGAAACAACACUGUAAAACUUGUGCUCGAACAAAGUCAUAGCUUAAACAAAAAUUGUUUCAGUAAGAGAAAAAAAAAGCAAAUUAAUGAAAGUCUUUGUUUUACCAAAGACGCUGCAACAGUUCCAGAAUAAAGAUGUUUUGCAAGUUCUCCCACUUAGAAAUCAUUUAGGGGUCUGAACUUUUCAUCUUAGGUGCAUGUCCACUGUGAGAGACAUAAUCUGAACAAAAAAAAAAAUC